CACGCGAUUCGCGAUUGUUUACAAAUAAUUACCUAACGUUAAAAAAAAAGGAUGAGAAAUCGACCAAGUUACUAAUUAAACGCAGAAAUUAAGGAGGAGUACCAAAAAAUGAGCCUCUGGUUCACCUUGAUUGUAAGUCUCGUCAGAAUAUAAAGAUGAAAAUGUGGAUUACCAGACAAGUUUCCAUUAUGAAGACGUACGUGUUUUACUUCUUAGUGAGUGCCGCGGUUGGGUUGCAAUUGCUUUCAGCGCCUGAUUUUCCAAAAUGCAGACGUGGGGAUCCGAAAAUAAACGAGUGCCUGAAGCCGGCGAUUGAGGGAGCGCUUAAGAUAAUGGAGAAAGGCAUGCCCGAAUUUAAGCUGGAGUCCAUUCAGCCGAUUACAGUGCCCAGCUUGACGAUCGGAGAAGGAAAAGGAGCCGUUCAGGUCGUGCAGCAGUACGAAAACUGCAAAAUAUUCAACAUACCCUCGGGGAAAAUCAUCGACGUUGACUCACUCAUCACCGAAAACGAAUUUAGACUCAACACAACAAUCCACCUGAAGGAAGUGUACCUGUCGUCCCAAUACAAACUCAACGGCAGGAUACUGCUUCUGCCCAUUGUUGGAGAUGGAGACUGCACAAUAAAACUGAAAAACGCCAAGGUUCCCGUGGAAUUAAUCGGCUCCCCGAUUGAGAAGAAAGGGCUCAAGUACAUGGAAAUUACGGACCUGAACGUUCACUUAAACGCAGAGAAGGUCGAGUUCGAUUUCAAAAACUUGUUCAACGGCGAUCCGCGACUCGGACCGGAAAUGAACAAAAUUCUGAACGAAAACUGGAAGGAGAUCUUCGAUGACGUGAAGUACGCGUACGACGAAGCCCUUGGGGCGAUCUUUAAAACUAUCGCGAACCUUAUAUUUAAAAGGGUUCCUUUCGCUGACUUACUUCUCCCCUAAAAAAAUUGUAAUUAAACGUUAGCAUUUAC